UCCCUGAACGUCGCACAGAGAUAAGCCCCGCCCCCUGCGACCGGCGGCCGGAGCGGUGCGUUCACGGAGUUUUUUCCGGAGUGUUUGAAAGUUGUCAACAGAGGGAAGAAACACGGAGAGCAAGAAGCCGAGCUGCGGAGAGAGAGAGCGGCUUCACACCGACAGAGGAGCUCGGAGGAGGAGGGAUGGGCUGCAGCCACAGCAAGAAGAAAAGCAAAGGCAAGAAGGGAGAGAAGACACGGAAAGACAACAGCCACCGAGAUGACGGAGGUAAACGUGCGUCCGGCUCACCUGACGUCUGUCUGGAGAAGCAGCUGGAGCGGUUCGAGUGGCAGCUGAGGACCUUAAAGGAAGUGCUGUCGGCCAAUGGGAACCCAGAGAGGGCGGAGCUCCUGAAGGACCACGCCGACGAGGAGGUGUGCGCUCUAGUCCUGAGCAUCCUCGAUAAGGUGAAAACGGAGACGACGGCUGAUUUAAACGUCCUGCACGAACAGAAGAGUAAAACUGCUACUGAGGAACAUGAGAGACGCGCCGAAGAGCUGCAGAAGAAACAUGAACAAGAGAAAACUCAGCUGACGGAAAAGUUUCAGGCUGCUGAAAACGUCCUGAAGGCUAAAGUUGAGGAGCUGUCAGCAGAGCUGCAGGUUUAUAACGAGCUGAAGAGACGAGUAGAAGAAUCAACGUUUAAGAAGGACCUGCAGAGAAAUAUUCAGGCCCACGGCAGCCCAGGUGCAUUCUGGGAGUCCGAGCAGGAGUCUCUGCUGUUCGUCAUCGAGAUGAAGAGCGAGCGUGUGCAGGAGCAGAGCAGGAAGCUGCAGCAGAUGGACGCUCUGGUGGAGAAGAAUCUGUCUCUGGAGGACCAGAUCAUCCACAUCCUGCAGCAGAACGAGGAUCUGGGAGUCCGGAUAGACAACUAUCAGAGUCUCAUUCAGCAACUAUCGAAGGAGCAGCAGGACCUGAAGGUGGCGCUGGAGAGGCAGGCAGCAGUAAACCAGAAUCUUUCUCAGGAAAAAGAGCAGCUGAUGUUCAAGCUGAGACACAGAGACUCGUGUCCGACCAUCCACCUGACCGCCAUGGUGCCGGAGAUCGCGCCCAGAUGACUCUGAGCACGAAUCCGGUGUGUCACUCGCUGUAGGUAGAAACCAGACUGCGUUUGUGCACAGCGGCUGUUAAUUAUUCACAUGAUCUCGUACAGUCGCCCGGUUCAGUCACCGGGCUUCAAACUACGUCUACAAACCACAGCAGGUGACGACUCUGCUGCUCUGGGAUCAGAUUAAAGGCUUUAACCUGGAUGACAUCAACAUGAACAACCUGGUGAUCGUUCUUAUGCUAGCUGACCGGGUUAACCACUGAACAACUACAUGAUCCUGGAUCCUCAAACCCACCGCAGUCUCUGAGGAAGCGUCACAAGACUCAGACUGCACUGAGCCGAUCACACCAAUCUGUCGUUUCUCUUCAUCUGUGUUUUGUUUCUGAUUCUUUUGUCAAUGAAAGGCGUCCACAGAGAGCCCGAGUCAAGACUGAUGUCACUUCCUGUCGAGCCUCCGAUCCACUAGCUUCUGUAACUCAGUUCGAUCUCAUUCAGUUUCAUUCACAAGUUCAAUUUGCUGUGACUGAAUCAUCAGAACUUGGUUUCAUUCAGGGCUGCAACAAAUGAUUAUUUCAUUAUCGAUUAGUCUGUUGAUUAUUUUUCUGGAUUAAUCGAUUAGUUGUUUG